CAGCCGGCUCCGUAAUUGGUUUACAUUCCGAAGAGGGCGCAUCUACUCCGGGCGUAAAGUCUGUAGUCGGGCGGCUCCAGGAUGGCGAAGUCCGAAGCACCGAUUUUCAGACAGCUGUUUGAGUCAGAAAGUUGCACUUACACCUACCUGCUAGCAGACAAAAUCACCAAAGAGGCGGUCCUCAUCGAUCCUGUGCUGGAGACUCUCGACAGAGACGUGAAGCUUGUACAGGAGCUGGGACUCAAUCUAAAAGUCGCAGUAAACACCCACUGCCAUGCAGACCACAUAACCAGCACUGGGUUGAUGAAGAAAAAAAUCCAGGGACUGAAGAGCGCCAUCUCUAAACACAGCGGCGCCUCAGCAGAUAUUCAGCUGUCAGAGGGGGAUGACAUCACCUUCGGAAAAUAUCGUCUGACUGUGAGAGAAACACCGGGACACACUAACGGGUGUGUAACCCUGGUGUUAGGGGAUGGGAGCAUGGCUUUCACUGGGGAUGCUCUGCUCAUCAGAGGCUGUGGCAGAACAGACUUCCAGCAGGGUUCUGCUAGAAAGCUUUACCAUUCAAUCCAUCAGAAGGUCUUCAAGCUGCCUGAAGACUGCCUCCUCUACCCAGCACAUGACUACAAAGGUCAGACAGUUACUACAGUCGGUGAGGAACGCAAGUACAACCCCCGUCUGACCAAGAGCUUGGAGGAGUUUGUGAACAUCAUGGACAACCUGAAUCUCCCCAACCCAAAGAAAAUUGAUAUUGCAGUGCCUGCUAACCUGGUUUGUGGAUUGCAUGACUUGUGAGGGCCCAGCCGAACAGUGCGUUUUAAGAAAUCCAUUGAAAUAAUACUAAGGCUACUCAUAAUUACUUGUUUUACCAAAGUGUACUUUAUUCUUUAUUGAGUUUUAAUUUGUAUCUGUUGGAGUAGCUCUUGUCAUUAGAUGUGCAGAUACUAAAGGUGUUUUUUAGUUGUUUCUAAAAUAAAAAUGCAAAAAUAUAUAUUUUUAAUGUAAAAUUAUUCUGUGCAAUAGUGGAGAAAAACAUUAUGACUGUUUUGUAUGUGUUUGAUUGAAAUGUUAAUUCUCCCCACGCUAUGCAGUGUUGUUGUUUGCUAGGAUAAUCCUUUGUUGAAGGUUUGGUUUGUUAUUUUAAUGUACAUUUUACCACUUCAACUGACUUCUUCCACACGACCUUGUCAGGGAUUCUGGACUCUCCUAGCCUAACACACACACACACAUUCACUAUACGCAGAGUGUUAACAGCUGGGGCCUUUUUGCAUAGCAGGAAAAUAAACCUACACCAUUUGCAUUUGGAGUUUUUGAGGAACUUGUUUCUAUUUGUGCUAUUUCAGAAAAUGCCACAUCCAUGCAGCUUUUCUUUUUAAAACUUGCGUACAUAAAACAGUCUUAUUUUUAUUUGAAGGUGAUCUAUGUGGCGGUCAAAUGUACUUAUACAUUGUUCCACUAUAUUUGUCAGCUAUAAGCUGACCCAGUGCCUUUUUAACUGCAACUGAAUUGGUGCAGAUAUUUUAAAUGUAACUAAACUGAACUAUUUAGCCCUUGUUUAUGUGAUUGUUGUGUAUUGACACUAUAUGAAUAAAUGUCAUUGAAUUUCAUGAAAUUCAA